AUGUCGCUAAAGAGCGCCACCACUCUUGCCGCAAGAGCAGCCAUUGCCUCAUCACGACCGGCCAGAUUCCAGGUUCCAUGCCUGCUGCAUUCCACAACACCCAAGCUCCAAUCCAGUGCCAUCCAACGAUCAGCAACAUGUCUUCUACACCAACGCUUCCAUUCUACUCAAGGCAAACCCGACAACAAAGUCUGGGACUUUGAGUCUGUGAAGCAACUCACCGAGUCUCCCGACGCAUCUCUUGUCCUCAUCGCCGGCUACAUCCCCGGCGCCAUUAAUAUCCCCGUGGGCUCAGCACCAGACGCGCUGUUCAUGCCCGCGCACGAGUUUGAGGACAAAUUUGGGUUUGAGAAGCCCACGGCGGAUCAAGAGUUGGUGUUUUAUUGUAAAGCUGGGGUGAGGAGUUCUGCGGCUGCUGGGUUGGCGAGGCAGGUUGGGUAUCAGAAGGUUGGGGAGUAUAGGNGGAGUAUGCUUGAGUGGAAA